CCCGUUGCGAUUUCAAGCAAGCAUGGCUGGCUUGGAGCUGCUCUCAGAUCAAGGAUUCCGAAUAGAUGGAAGAAGGGCGCAUGAAUUACGCAAAAUUCAAUGUAAGCUAGGAGUUUUUAGUCAAGCCGAUGGUUCAGCAUACGUAGAACAGGGAAAUACUAAAGUUUUAGCUGCUGUUUACGGACCUCAUGAGAUUCGAGGAAGUCGAGGUAAACUUCUGCAGGAUAAAGUACUUGUCAACUGUCAAUUCAGUAUGGCAACAUUCAGCACAAGUGAACGUAAAAGACGACCAAGAGGGGAUCGAAAAUCUCAAGAAAUGACAAUGCAUCUACAGCAAACAUUCAAUGCUGCUAUCUUAACCAAUCUCCAUCCCAGAUCUCAAAUUGAUAUCUUUGUUGAGGUACUACAGUCUGAUGGAGGGAAUUAUUGUGCCAGUGUGAAUGCUGCUACGCUAGCUGUAAUUGAUGCUGGAAUCCCCAUGAAAGACUAUGUCUGUGCUUGCUCAGCAAGUUAUCUAGGUGACAGUCCAAUUGUUGACAUUAAUUAUUUAGAGGAAUCUUCGGGAAGUCCCGAAAUUAUAGUGGCUGUUCUUCCUAAGUCGGAACAGAUUGUUUUUCUCGAGAUGAAUGGCCGUCUUCAUGAAGAUAAUUUGAGUAAAGUGGUGGACAUGGCCGUGAAAGGCUGUAAAGAUGUGUACGGAGUGCUGGACAGGACUGUCAGGGAACACGUCAGUGAAGUUGGUACCUCACUGGAAACUUAACAAGUAUCUGCUAGUGGAUAUAUAGACAUUUCAGAUGAAAGAUACAUAUAGGAGAAUCCAUAAUAAAUGCAAGCACACAAUGUUCAUAAAAAAAUUUUCCAUGUUACAAGUAUGAUGGAUAUACAGUGGAGUCUCAUUAAUUUGGAUGUCAACGUUUCACAUUCUGGACGAAAUACAUGUAUGUGGUGAACAGAAUUAACAUUUAUAUGUACCAAUUAGAAAAGAUUUGUUUCAGUAAUCCAGAUGCUUCGUUUAUCCGGUCAGAUGAUUUUCUUGGGAAUACAGGUGUCCAGAUUAAUAAGGCUUAACUGUACCAGUUAAUGUGGACAGUGAGUUUCCAUAUAAUGGAAAGCUGGAUUAGGCAAAAAUAAAUGUACCUGUAUAGGAUUUCCACCUUUUUUGUACUUUUUCAAUUGAUUUAAAAAUGUAUAAAACAGUAGAGCUAUGGAGUCAGAAAAUAUCAAAUACUGGGGAAAAUUUAACAUUUGGAAAAAAAAAUGUUGAUUGGGAAACCAUAAACAGAGAUUUUUUGUGGUUGUAUCUUCUGUGGAAAAAUAUUCAUGGUGAAUAAUUAAAAUAACAAUAUUGUG